CAUAAAUUUCAGCAUACAAAAUUCCACACACAAGCGACGCGUCGCAGUCCGAAAACUUUUUCGGCGAGUUUUCCGCAGAAAAUCCAUAAAAAUGAAAGAACCGAGUGUAAAUAUACAAUGAAAAUUGAUGCGCAAAAGUUCCUUUUAGUCUUAAAGCAAAUUGUGUAAAUAAAAUUAAAUUAGUGAAAAUUGAAUAAAAUCGAAAGAAAAAAAAAAGAAGAAACACAGCAGAGACGUGUGACAAAAACGUAAAUAAAAUAGAGGUAUACAAAGAGAGCGGGAAAGAGCGAGAGAGGGCRAGCGAGCGAAAGAGAGAGACCUACAAAGAGCGCGCCAGCAAGCGAGCGAGGGCAGCAGAUACAGGUCGUCAGCAGACUACACAGAACGUGUCGAGCAACAAAUUAAUGAAUUAAACAAAACAAAAUAAGUCCAAAACAUACAAAAACAACAAAUAAAAGAAGAAGAACAGCAACAAAGGCAACACAACAGCACAACGUCAGCGUCAACGUCAGCGACGCCGUCAGCAGCCGCAGCCGCAGCCGCAGUCGCAGCAGCACAGUCAGAAAAUGGGCUGUGGGCAGAGCAAAAUACAUUUAUAUCCCAGGAAAUCGAAGAGUAAAGCAAACGGCAAGAAAGGAGGACACGCCGACUCGGAUGCUGAGACGGAUGAGGAUGAAGGUCACAUUGAGGAUGCUGAGAAGGCGCAACAACGCGAGCGCGAGAAGCAUGACGAGACCGAGGAACAAAGCAAUAAGGACAUACAGGACACCGAGGAGGACGUGGCCGUCUCGCUGCUGCGUGCCAAAAACCUGUCGCUGCUCCAAAGCCAAGAAAUAUCAUCAAGCCAACAGAACUUCUUUCGCAUGCUGGACAAGAAGAUCGACGAGGGGCCCGACUAUGACUCGGCCAGCGAGACGGAAAUUGCCUUGGAGGAGGCACGACUGAAUGCGCUGGUACAGCAUUGGGAGUCCGCUAGCCUCUCCGCAUCCAUAUGCUCCUCCGCCAGCCGCUCGCUGCAGACGACGCCGAUACGUCAGGUGGCCCAAGUGCCGCUCAAGGCGAGAGGCGGUACGAGAGAACCCGCUGGCCAUCUACUGCAGCCCUCCUCGGCGUGCAACACGCUGCCUACUACUGAGUAUCUACCUCAGCACGUCAUGGCGGGGCGACAGCAACAGCAGCAGCAGCAGCAACAGCAGCAACUACAACAACAACAACAGCAGCAACAACAGCAGCAGCAGCAGCAACAUCAAGCGGCAGCGAUCUAUCAGCAGCAGCAGCAGCAGCUAAUCCUCUCGCAGCAGUUGCUGCCACAACUCGAUGCCAAUCUCGUCAAUACGUCCAAUGCCAAUGCAGCGGCCGCCGCGCAGCUCAAUCAGCUGCAACAGCAGCAGCAACAGCAGCUGGUGCUCUACCAGCAACAUCAGCAACAACAGCAACAGCAGCAACAACAACAGCAACAGCAACAGCUCGCUACGUAUGGUGGGCAUAUGUUGACGCUUCCUGCCGGCGCCAAGCCUCAAACUGUCAGUCCCAAGCGACUGCUCUAUGGCGCCAUACCCCCGCCGCCCGUUUGCGCAGCUCCUGUUCAGUAUAUUGCCGCCAGCUCGCCGCUGAUGCAGACGGGCGUGACGGGCUUCCUAAAUGGCGCCGGCGCCACAGCCGGUCGCGCACCCCUGCAGCUAUCCUACUACGGAGUACCGAGCACUGCCUCCCAAAAUGUCGCCCAGCAAGCGGCUCCAGUUCCCAUCGCCUCCGAAUCUUACGAACCACAAACCGCUCCACACAGCCAAAGCCAGCAGCAGCAGCAGCAGCAGCAACACUUACAGCAGCAACAGUUGCAACAACAGCAGCAGCAACAGUUGCAGCCACAAACGUCGCAGCUGCAACAGCCGCCAAAUGCAGCCGGCGCCUACUACGGCGAGGUCAUGCACACUGUGCAGCCCGCGCCACCCACGGAAUACAAAUUUCCCCCGGCAAUCAGCGUGCAGAGAUUGGCGCCGCAGGUGCAGCGGCAGCUGCGCGAGACGCAGGAACUCAUAAAAGACUCGUGCCCGCAGCUGUAUGCGGCGGGCUAUGGGAGCCCAGGACCACCGAUACGCAAUCCCAACAGGAAUCCAACUAGAACUAGACCCACCCUGGAGACGCAGUUCUCGCAGGAACUCUCGUGAUAUCUAUAUAUGUAAACAGCAAAGCAAGCAGAAUCCCCUAGCAAACCACUAAAACAAAAUGCAAAAACAAAAACCAACACAGAAUUAGUCAACUGCGCCAAAGAACAAAAUUAAGCAAAAUUAACAAACACAAAAUUUAAUUAUACAAAAAAA